AUGAAUCGUCAAGUAAAAACGAAAUUGUUAAAAACUGUCUGCAAGCAGGCUGAAUUGAUGCGGGCUUCCUUUCAUGGUUCAUCGUGGACAAAUAAAAUUAGUGAAACAGAUAAAAAGUUAUUAUUUGUAAAUAAAACUGGAGAAAAAUUUCGGUCAAAAGUAACGAAAUUAAGUGUUGGGAAAACAUGGUCAUCAAUUCAGAAGGAAUGGGUCAUUGUAAAACAAGUUCAACUGCUAAAAUACCGCGAACAGUGUUUAUGUGGACGACCAAAUUUGAAGUUUGUUACAUAUUUAAAAAAUAAGGAAAAUAAUAAGGAAAUCACAUCGGGCAAUUGCUGCAUAUUAACACUUAAACGAUAA